AUGUCCCGCCUCCUGGUAACCGCGUACGAGAGUAUCGACCAUUCUGCUCUCUCUGCGGCGCGAGCUCAUUAUGCGGAUAUGCUUGGAGAGUACGAUACCGACACCGACGCCAGCACUGACACUGACCCCUCUGAAGCAGGCUUCCCCGCCGAGUUGACCAUGCGCAUCGUCUUCGCUGACGCACUGCAGUACCUCCAGCUGAUCCGAUUCGGGGCCGUCAUCGCUCGGUAUGCCCACGAAUACACCGACGAGGCACUCAUCGACACUCUGUGGGAAUGUCUCGAUGAUACCUCGGAGCGACGUGUCGAAGCCGCGGCCUUGGAGGACUGGAGGAUCCUGCGAUGUGCUUUGGAAUGCCUUCUCGUUCAGCUUGAGUGCGGCAUUACACCCAUCGAACCUAUAGCGAGGCUAUAUUCCGGGUCGUACGUUACCACUUCGUCAUCUCGCUCGGACUCGUCGUACCAGACCGGUGCGAGUCCAGAUCAAUAUCAACAUAAUCAGCAACGAGAUCAACAACAACAACAACGACGACGACGACGACAAGAAACCCUGGUAAGUGAGUCUCCACUUCUCAUUUACGUCCCGUCAGAGGCAGGUUCUGAGGUGUACCCGGAACGGUCUGCUCGAGCACCGGCUCCAUAUGAUGGGAGCUGGUCUCCCAUCACAGCAUCCGCAUAUUCGAGGCACGAGGACCCAGCGUCGGCGGUAAGUUCCAGUGCCUGCUCCAUCACCCCGUCCGAAUCUGUGACCAAUGUACCAAGCGCGCGGGAUCGAGCUCGGGCUCGCCACAGUCGUCGCUACGGGUCCAUCUCCCCAGUGGAGAGUAUCUGCUCGAUUGCCCCGGGUGAGAGUGCCUCGCAAACCGGGUAUUGCCAUGGGUUCAGAAAUCACUAUACCUGGAAUGCUCAUCCCUAUCGGACAGACCGAUACGACGAGGGUUUACCAUCUAUGAGAUACGUCCCAGGUACUGACUACUCUGAUGCUUUCGACGAGGACACCAGCGCAGUUGACAGUGCAACGCUGUGGACUGACAUUAGAAGCGACAUCUUGAGGGCACAUGCUCUAGGAGGGUCGUGGAUGGUGUUGCAGAUGUCUGAUCCGCUGAGAUACGCCAACCAAGUACCGGAGUCAUCGCAGCCAUCGGACUCAUCCGAGUCGGUCUAUUACUCGGCAUUUUCUCAGACAUUGUCCUCGACACCAGGUCCUAGUGUUCUGGAUGAAUCGCGUCUGGCGAUGGGGAUGGGAAGUCUCGAAGAUCGACUGGGCGAGGACGCCACCGAGGGCGAGAGAAUCGAGUUUGCCUUUGACGAGAUCGAUCGAUUGAUUGAUCAAUGGAUGGCGGCGAAGUAA